AUGAUUUGUGUAGCCCACGGCCCGGACUACGAGUCCAACACCAGCUGCGCAGUAGAGGAGGUUGCGAGCCUAGGGCCCGAGAGGUUCUUCUACGACAAGACCACUUACACAGGCAUGCACAAGUGCGGCUCACCCCCGCGACAGCCGGGACAUCCUUCGCCGAGGCAGGUCAGAGAGCGAGUCCUCCGCCGCGAUGCAUCAAAGUCGGCGCCUGCUGAAAGCUGGGCUUUCUCCGAGGACCUUGACCAGCCAUUAGCUGGUCCAGAGCGAUUCUACUACGAUCGCACGACCUACACAGGAACCCACAAGCAAAAUGGCCCGACUGCAGCUGGCAGUGGAGUCGGAAAGGAGGGCUACAGCGAUCUCAGCGUGCUCGUGAAGAGGGAGGUGGUCCAGAACGACGACUUGCAGAGGCGCCGGCUGAGCAAGUCGGCCACGAGCCCCGGCAGCCCUAUGGAUCGCGAGAAGAACGCGAGUCUGCCCACACUCCUCCUCUCCAAGCCGCAGGCGUCUCCGCGCAAAGCAGUGCCGCAGCAGACUGCAGCCAAGCCAGAGCAAGCGCAAGAGAACCGGCCCAUACCACUGCCCAUGCCCACGGAGGUGAAGCCUGUGGCUGCACCCCAACCACCGAUGCCGGCAGCCCCGCUGAUGGGCUCUCGCUAUCUAGCGCCAACGAACGGCGUGGCCCCGAUCGUGACCACUGGGGCUACCUUCGUCCCGCCUUGGGCUCCUCCAAUGGCCGCGAACCCCUGGCCGAUGGCUCCGCAGCGAUGGGUGGUCCCUGGUCCUUACCCAGCUGUGCAGCACGCUCGAGCCUUUUAG